GGGUAAAUGCUUCCUAGCCCCAAAAAUCGAGGGGCAAAGUGCUUUCUACUCUUAUUGGGCAGCCCACACACUUUUUAUUGGGCCGGGCUGAAUUCCUCUCACCAUUGAGGCUUUCUCUACUUCCCUCGCAUCUCUCUCUCUCUCUCCCCCUCUCUCCCCUCUCUCAGUCUGGACGGUCUCUGAACGGAAACGGGACCUGCUUGUUCCGCCUUCGUAGCAGCUCGGUCGUUGUUGCCCGGCUGAACUGCAAAAAGAUUGGUUCACAGAAAAAGAGAAGGAAAGCAGGAAAAGGAAGAUGAACAAGAAAAAGGUGUUCAACCUGGCCAAGGGUUUCCGAGGCAGGGCGAAGAACUGCAUUAGAAUCGCGAGGGAGAGGGUCGAGAAGGCCCAGCAGUACUCCUACAGAGACCGCCGCAACAAGAAGCGUGAUAUGCAGUCUCUCUGGAUCCAGCGCAUCAACGCCGGCACUCGCUUCCACUCAGUCAAUUACGGUAACUUCAUGCACGGGUUGAUGAAGGAGAACAUCCAGCUGAACUGGAAAGUUCUGUCAGAAUUGUCCAUGCAUGAGCCACUUAGCUUCAAGGCCCUUGUGGACAUCUCCCGUAAUGCCUUCCUUGGGAACAAGAAUGUGGUUCAUCCUCCCAGGAAGGUAAGCAUUCCAGUCAGUGUCUAGUAUGUUGGUCGCUUUGUGUCUCUUGUUUCUCUUUUUGAGCUCGAUGUUUGAACCAUUGUUUCGUGGUUCCUACAAAGCUUCUACUGG